AUGAAUGUCGAUGCAGGAACUAUGGCUCCCACCGAACACGGUGAGGUGUUUGUCCUCAAUGAUGGUGGUGAAGUCGACCUGGACCUUGGCAAUUACGAGAGGUACCUUAAUAUCACGCUUACUCGGGAGAAUAAUAUCACUACCGGAAAGAUUUAUCAGCAUGUCAUUGAACGGGAGAGACGUGGUGAUUACCUUGGGAAGACUGUCCAGGUCGUUCCUCACCUCACAGAUGCCAUCCAGGAUUGGAUCGAACGUGUGGCUCGCAUUCCCGUCGACGAGACUUCUGAGGAGCCGGACACUUGUAUAAUAGAGUUGGGAGGGACUGUGGGAGAUAUUGAAUCUGCGCCCUUCAUUGAGGCAAUGAGACAGCUUAGACGUCGUGUUGGGAAAGGGAACUUUCUACAGAUUCACGUUUCUUUGGUUCCAGUCGUGAAUGGGGAGCAGAAGACGAAGCCCACUCAACAGGCCAUUAGAGACGUUAGGUCUGCGGGCCUCGCACCUGAUCUUAUUGCAUGUCGCUGCCAGGAGCCGCUGAGUAAAGCUACUGUUGAGAAGGUUGCAGCAUUCUGCGAUGUUGCGCAUGAACAGGUGGUUGCAGUUCAUGACGUUAACUCCACAUACCAUGUCCCGCUACUCCUUGAGCAACAAAAGUUAAUUCAUCUCCUCACAUCCGUGUUGGAGUUAGAGAAACUCAGUAUUGCGCCAGCGCUUAUCCAGAAGGGUAUCGAUAUCUGGAAUGAGUGGAAGACUCUUACCCUUGCACAGGACAGACUUUUCGAUAAAGUCGAUAUCGCGCUCGUAGGAAAGUAUACUGAUCUACACGAUUCGUAUUUGAGUGUCGAGAAUCCGGCCAAGUUUCAUAAGGCGUGGCACGAUGUUUGUACUGCUGGCGGUAUCCUAGUUCCUGGCGGAUUUGGAGCUAGGGGUACUGAAGGGAUGAUCGCAGCGGCAAAGUGGGCUCGUACUAACAAGAUACCCUACCUUGGUAUUUGCCUCGGGAUGCAGAUUGCAGUGAUUGAGUAUGCUCGUCAUGUCGUUGGUCUCGAAGAUGCUCACUCGGUUGAAAUUUCCGCUAGCUCCACUAACCCGGUUGUCAUCUUCAUGCCUGAGGGCAGUAAAACUCAUCUUGGCGGAACUAUGCGUCUUGGUAUUCGCCCAACCAUUUGGCAGCCUAACAGUGAGUGGAGUAAGCUCCGCCGGCUGUACGGUGAGAAGGAGGCCAUAUUGGAACGCCAUAGACAUCGCUACGAAGUCAAUCCCGAGUAUAUCGAGAGAUUGUCUGGGUUGAACUUUGUCGGGAAGGACGACAAGGGUGAGAGAAUGGAGAUUGUUGAGUUGAAGGACCACCCUUACUACGUUGGCGUUCAGUUCCAUCCUGAAUACUUGUCCAGGGUGCUGAGUCCUAGCAAGCCGUAUUUAGGUUUUGUGGCUGCUAGCGCUGGUGUUCUCGACCAAAUGCUUGAGAAACUCCAGAAAAUCCAGCCCACGGUGGCACCUGCCGCCGCUCUAGUCGAACUUAAUGGAACUCUAGAAUAAAAGACGUUUUGUUUUUGCUUUGCUUUCAACUAUCUACUUUGUCUCUGAUCCCUGUCGAAAAACAUUCUUAGGUGGCCACUGCACGUUGAAUAGUGUUUUUCUGUGUGAUGAUUGUGGAACUCAAUGUUGAAUAGAUACCUGGUUCAAUGAAUGCCCUUACGCGGAAAAUAAAAUAAAAAAUAUGGCAGUAGUAA